GUCCUUUCGUAUAUAUAAAGGCGUUUCUGGAGCCUGACCAGUAUAACGCAAGAAGCCUUCGUCGUGCAGAGACCCACUAGUUAAAAAGAUAAACAUGAGAUCUUUGUUCGCCGUCCUGUUGGUAGCCUUAGUGGCUGAGGCUGCUCCCGGAAUCGGCUAUGGAGGUCUUGGAGGACUCGGUGGACUGGGCCACGGAGGCCUUGGACUCGGUGGUCUAGGCCUAGGCCUAAACGGAGGAUAUGGUGGUGGAUACGGUGGCUACGGAGGUCUCUUGAGUGCUGGAAACUAUGCCAACGGCUACAGCCAUUCCGAUGGUUACAAUCAUGGAAACCAUGUCUUGAAAGGCUUUGGAGGAUCUGGUGGGCUGAACCAUGGCCAUCUUAACACACACUUCCUCGGGAAGCGAAGUGCUGAUCCUGAACCUGUAGUAGGCCUAGGAGGACUUGGAGGACUUGGAGGUCUAGGCUUAGGCCUAAACGGUGGCUUCGGUGGAGGAUAUGGUGGCUACGGAGGUCUCUUGAGCCUGGAAACUAUGCCAAUGGAUACAGCAAUUCCAAUGGGUACAGUCAUGGAAACCACAUUGGUAAUCAGUACGGAGGACUAGGUGGGCUGUCCCAUGGUCAUGCCAAUUUGCUGGGAAAGUGAAGCGCUAAUCCUUGACCUGUACCUGAAUGAGCCCUCAUACUGACCUUUGAAAGAAUUUAUCGAUGGAUCCAUACAAAUACAAAUUGACGCUUACGGGUAUAAGAGAAACAUGAAUGCAUCUUCAACUGAGAAAGCGUUUCUUAUUGUACAUUGAGCAUAUAUAGAAAAAUAUAUUUUAUCUUUGCAGCAAAA